GUGAGCUGAAGAUUCCUGUUUGGUCGACCUGUAGUAUGUAGACCCUGGGCAGCAAUGGGUUGUAUAUGUGGUAAACUGUGUCGGAAAGGAGCAAAAAGCGACACGGUGGCGUCCGUCGACAAGGAGCCUCGGACGCAGUACUCUUGGGAAAUGUCGAGAGCCAAUAUCGACCCCAAAGACUUCACUAUCGAACAGCUCAAAGAUGAACUCGUCGUUCGCAAAUCCGGAAGCAUUAAUGGCCAGCAGUUUAUUGUGCAGGACUGCCAGGACUGUAGAAUUCUACUCCUGGAUCACAUGAAUGUCGUCACGAUAGACGAUUGCAAAAACUGUCAGAUCGUACUCGGGCCGACCCGCGGCUCGGUGUUCAUUCGGAAUUCGGAGAAUUGUCGGCUGGUAGCUUUAUGCCAGCAGUUCAGAGCCCGAGACUGUCUCAAACUGCGUGUGUCGCUCCUGUGCAGUACGCAGCCGUCAAUAGAGUUUUGCUCGGGACUCAAGUUUUCCUGCAUCCAACUGAACUACAAAGGUCUCAAAGAACAAAUUGCCGAAGCUCAACUAAAUCCAUUCAAUAACUUUUGGUAUGAGGUUUACGAUUUCACUCCAAGUCAGGUCGUGCACAACUGGACCUACAGCAAGGGAUACACGAAGGUGUUCAGCGACAUCGAAUCGGACGAACUCGAGGGUUUGGAGAUCACAGAGGACGCUGAAUCCAGCGCCGUACCAAGAGUCCACGGUACGCGAAAGUGCACUCCGAACAGCCACGACAGGGUGUUGAUCUUCAAUGGGAAGGACUGCGAAGACAAGGCAUUUAAGUGCUUGAGACUAUUAACAGAACAAGGGCACCAUCUGGUCAGGAGCUGUCGCUCGGAAAAAGAUAAGAUAGGAGCAAAUUUCGAGGCGCUACUGGGGGAAGGUUUCGCGCCGUCAACGAAAGCUCCCUUGGUCAUUCUACAUCUCACAGGAGACGUUCUCCCUGAAGGAGUUACUCAGCAGAACAACAUUCACACGUCCUGUGAUCACCGGGUGAUUUCAACAUUCUUCACAAACAACCACAGAACUCCGGCCAAUGGUACUACAGCCCACUAG